UGAUUAUUUUGCUAUAUCAUUUUUUCCAUUUGUUUUUUGAAUGUUUAACCUGUUCUUGUUUUGCCUUCUAUGUUUUUAGAAUGUCCAACUGUCCCUGUUUACAUAUCUGAGUCACUGCAGACAGGCUGGUUCACAUCCAGAAUUAUUUUGAGGGAUCAGCAUACCUCAUAUAAUCACCAUGGCAGACAUCUCAAACAACACUGUGAAGCUGUCUAUUACUCAGCCAGACAAAGAUAGUGUGGUGACUGACGAACAGGUGUCAGUCAGAAUGUGUAGCUCUACUAGUAACAACUUAGCUGUCAUGAACAAGAGGAUUGAUACAGGUAUUUAUUUCAUAGCAGUUUAUGCAGUUAUUGAAUCUUUAUUUUUCUCCUUGACCAAAUCAAUUGGUGGGAUGAUUUGACGUUAACUCUUAAUUUGUGGAUGUGUAAGGUUAUCACUCAAAUGUCAAUAAAGCUCUUUGGUAGUACGUUCACAUGGUAACAUUUAAGUUUUUUCUUUAAUUCUUUUUUUGAUAUUAAUGCCACUAUUAAAGUGAAAAUGUUGAAAAUAUAAUUCUUAAGUUGCUCAAUAUAAGUAGCAAAAAUGUCUCAAAUGUUUUAUCCCUGCAGUGACUUAAACAACAACAAGCAACAACUUAAAACAACUUUAUUAUUGGCAGAGAUGGUAUAUUAUAAUUAUGUUGUAGUUCAAUUUUAUCUUUGGUUUCAUUUUCAUUUUCUUUUGUUUCAAACUCAUCAUAUCAUACAUUACCUUACCCAAAAACAAAAUAAGAUAAAAUUUAAACCAACGAUAAAAUUGAACCGUGACAUACAUGUACAUGUGCACUUAUUCACACAUGUCCAUCUUGACUACAAUAAUUUUUAUUUUAGCCUAAUGAUACCUUUAAUCAUAACAUUUACUAGUACAACAAUACUAUUGAUUGGCUAUCAGCUGCCCUGAUUUUGGCAUUGAUAGGACAGUGGAAUAGUGCAGUUCGCAUCAUACCUAAGUAAUUGGACAGUACACAGUACACCAGUUUCCACCGUUGAACCAAAAUUGGUCAGAGUUUUCACAAUCAAUAAAUUUUUAAUGAUUAAAAAUACUUUCCAAAGUUAAAAUCUUAUACCUGCCAACUUCUUCUGAGAUAUAAGCGUGAGAUUUUUAUCCUGGGAGUGCUAGGAUUUUGGAAGACGACACAAUCAUUUCCGAAGAUUCCCGAAGAAGUCCGAAGUCUUCCGAAGACGUCCGAAAUCUGCUGAAGGCGAAGUUAUCGAGAAAACGCUUAUCGCUUAUCGCCUAGGAUGCGUAUAAACGCGAGCUCCCUCCCAGUGCUUUUCACUUCAAAGAUCAUUUUACACAUGGUUUUCGUUCCUUACAUGGGUCUGAGUUAACAUAUUUUUGGAAAUUGUGUCAAGCAAGACGGCAACAACUCACAUUUUUCAAUCAGGCGUGAGAAAUUGGCCCGCAAGCGUGAGCCGGCGUGAGAUCAAAGUUUUCAACCCGCAGGCGUGAGAGUUGGCAGGUAUGAAAUCUGGCCAAUAUCCUGUCUGAAUGACUCAGAAACCCAGGAAAGGGUACUUUAGGGAGGUAAAAUCCAAAACAUUUUCUGGGAAAGCAUGCCCCCUUGACCUCCCUAGAAGCUUGCACCUGCUGUGUUCGUUUAGAAUUUAACAGGUAAGUAUUUAACCUAGAUCCACGCCUGGUACAUGUCAUCAUGCACACAGCUUUUAAAAUGGUUUUUAUAAAAGCUUAACUUAUCACAAAUUAAUUUUUGUUGUUAUGGUUGAUUGGUAACAGAACUUUGUGCUGUCCAAUUUGGUUUAUAAUCAUGCUUACAGUUUUGUAUAUAGAGGAUAUAUCACACAGUGGUGCGAAGAUAUGAAUUAUUUUUGAGUGGCAAAACAAUAUUUUACUAACAAGUGCAGUGAGUAAGUAAAAUAUUGUUUUGCCGUGAAAGCCGCCGAGUAAUGUUCUUUUUAUUAUAUAGACAAAAAGACCAAUAAAAUAAUAGAUAGUCGUGCCAAAGAACACUCGGAAUGAAUUCUUACAGACCAUCCACUCAGGCCACUAGGGCGAACCCAAGUGCAUUCUCCUGGCUAGGGAGUAUGCAUUCUGGCCAGGUAUCUCCAACGACAUCAGAUAAAUGGUCAAAGACUGUCACUUAUGCAACAAACACUCACCAGCUCAGCCAGUGCUGCCUAUCAAGCAACCUGAUCUUCCCAGUCAACCACGGGAAAAAAUUAGGAACAGACACCUUUGACUUCAACAGAAGAAGUACCUCAUGAUCGUCUACUAUUACCGAAAUUAUGUCAUCAAUAAACUCACGUGUGAGAUUGUGGAAAAAUAAACCACUCGGGUCCUGGAUGUACUUUUUAUGAAUUUUACGAGUGGUAUGUUUUCCAGUAAAACACUCAUGUCUAUAUAAUAAGAUGAAACAAAUUGGACUCAAAAUACAUGGUUGUCCAAUUUUGUUAAUCAUUUAUAGGAUUACAGACUGAUUUGGAAUUUCUAAUAGUGAACUAAGUGUAACUUCAGUUGCAAGUUCCCACAAGUGUCCAUCCUACUGUUUACACUUGAACUGGCCUUUAAGAGGAUCAUCUCUUGAAUGUAUUAAUUUUUGCUUAUAUAAUUACUCUAGAUUCUGGAUCAGUGUGUAUAAAUCUAGAAGAGUUCACAGAUGAUGAUGUGUUUGAUGGCAGUAUUAGUUAUCAUUCUCAAGACAAAAAGAAAGGAGCAUUUCUUCCAGGAUUAAAGGUUACAGCUGAGAUUAUUGAUGUUGAACGGGCACCAAGGACCCACCCAUUCAAUCCCAAUCUGUAAGAUGUGCACAAUUAUUUUUCUCUUAAACUAAAAUAACACCAGCUGCCUAUAAACUACUAUUAAAUUUACAUUAUUGACCAAACAGGAGGUCAAGAUGACUUGAUAAAAAUGUGAAUACAUGUAUACAUGUAUUUGCUGAGAUUUUUUUUCUUUUUUAUUGUGCAUUUUUAUGCAGCAAGACAAAGUGGAGGUCACUAAAAAUAAAAAUAAUAAAAGAAGAAGAAAAAAUAGUCACUGUGCCAUCUUAACCAAACAAGCUUGGCCAGUAGAGGAUUUAAUGUAUGACAAAAACAAUAUCUUUUCUUUAUGGACAACAUGGGCAAUCUGGAGCAGGGAAGAUACAAUUGUUGUUGGCCAGCCUGUUCCAGGCUCUGAGAUGGUGGUGAAAAGUCGUUUAGUAUAAGAAAAUAAUGUGAAAAUCAUGCGGGGGCUGAAGAGAGACAGGGCGGUGGAGCCUCUCUCUCCCAUUUUUCCCGCCACCACCACUACCCCCUUUCUUUCAAAGCGAAAAGACUUAAAAGUCUUUUCGCUUUGCUUGUUUUAUUGCAUCCCCACUAUACUAUCUGAGAGCCUGGCACAGGCUAUUGCUGGCCCAUUGUGCCUGUUCUGGUAGCCAGCUAUAUAUCAGGACACCACACCAUGGCAAUUCGAGAUCAACAGAAAAAAAAGGGAAAUUAGAUAGAAUAAUAAGGAGGGAACUUUUUCUUGCAGGGCCAACACGAGAAAUACCGAGCAGGCAAUUGGUCCUAUCUCAGGCGGCCAAUCAGAGCACAGGGUUCCCUUUAUCUUGCCUGCUUGUGGAGUGAGCCAUACUAUAAACAACUGUGCUGUUAUAGACAUUAUAAUUUUUUUUGUCAGUUUAUCACUUGUCUUUCAUCUUGCAUCAUUCACAAGAUGCAUGUCUAAAUGUUAUAAUUAAUCAUACCCCUAGUAAGAUUUAUUGGACUGAAAUUAUUUGAUUACCACUAAAUGAAAAAUAUGUAUAAAAAUUAUUUUUAUUUCCCCUAUUUCUUGGUAUUCAGGUACACAAUAAAGCUAACACAUGGGAGCUUCAGCUGGGAAAUUAGGCGACGGUAUAAACACUUCUUAAAACUUGAUGCAGAGCUGUUCUUUCACAAAGUCAACGUGCGUCGGCACAGUUUGCGAAGGGAUCACACACCUGAGCUUCGUCAUCUACCAAGCAGACACUUGCCAAGGAGGCCAGACAUGUUUGCCACAACAACUAACAUGGAAAAAAGAAAAAAAGCUCUACAAAAGUACUUACAGGUCAUUCUGGAUAACCCCAACUAUCGAAAUCACAAAGAGACCCUGAAUUUUUUGGAAGUUAGUCAUCUUUCCUUUCAGUAUGAGCUGGGAGAAAAGAGAACGUGAGUAAUUUUUUUCUCCUUCAGGGCAUUUAUUUUAUUUGGCAAUUUUAGGCAAUGAAUUUUUUUAUUCUGUAGCUACACAUACAUUUUAUUUUAAAUUUCUGUCAUCAAACCCAAUUUACAAGUAUGAGCAAGCAGAAGGAUAAGCACACAGAUUUUUACACAUGCAGAUAAUAUACAGCUGUAAGCACAAGCUUAUGCAUGAUGCUUAAGCUUGUGCUUACUGAUCUCUUGUUUCCUUUUACUGUUCCUAUUUUUGGUGUCUAGAGGCUACGCCAAGUAAACUAAUGUUAUCUUGUUGGCCCCUAGUUUCUAUGAACAUUUACAUACACAACUAUUAAAAGAGGAAACGGAAGACAAUUAGAAUUAAAUCCUUAUAGAAGGCCAAUAUGGGAGUAACUCAAGCUGAUAAUGUUUUUCCCAACUAAAGAGAGCCAAAUAAGAGCUUCCAAAUUGUUCUUGCAAUAAAGAAAUUUCCUUCUGUUCUUUCCUUCUUGUUUUCUACCCUUGUUUUCUUUAUGUCCGGCACAAAGUGAAUAUGUGGACAUGUUCCAUCCUGAAUGACACCCUGUGUGAUACUAAAAUCUGCAACUUACACCCCCAAAUGAGAUCAUGCGCAACCCUUUCAUGUGGGAGUUUACUUCCCCCGGGUCUAGUUUGCACGCAAUACAAUAGCUUUUCUCUGUCGCUGUCGCAUUUUGAACCCUUCUUUGUGUCGUUUGUCGCCAUUUCUGCUGUCCUGUGUCGCUGUUUCAAGGUCGUGUAGCUUGUCAGAAUUUUGCCUUAACAAGGCCUUGUUACUAUCAGUAUUCUUUGGCUUUUUCUUUUGCUCAAUAUCCUAAUUUUAUUUUAUUGUACUGUACUUUUCAGGGAAGGUGUUUUGAGAAAGCGAGCAGGGGGGCAGAAAUUCCCAGCGGGCUGCUGCAGUUGCUGUGCUGGAUUGUCAUGGGGAAUAUGGGACAAGAGGUAAUAAAAAGUAGAUCUAAUUCUUUUUUGAUGUUCUACUAUAUAGUCAUUUUUUUUACCAUAGUUUUAGUAUUUAAACUUAUUUCCUCUCCCAUGCUUCGUUCUUAGACGUUACCCCGCCUUAUUGAUCAAAUUUACCGCUUCCUCAAUUCUUCCUCUACUUUCAAAACCAAACUUUACACUCAGGAAAUACUCAGACUGAGUUGCUCACCUGAAAAACUGCACUGUUUCCGGUGUGCAUUUUUUACGUGUUGUGUGCCGUCCACAUUGACGUUUUUUAUUCAAACUGGGUCAUUGAGUCUUUUUACCUCACAAUUGAGUUUAUUGUGUGUCUCUGCACACCACUGUCCUUCCACUGUUGUCCAGUUGUAUUUUUAAAUAAUACUGUAGCACACGUGCUUCCUAGUGGCAUAUGGAACAUCCCUGAUGAUUUUACUGCACUGUUAUGCAUAUUUAGAACGUGAGAUCCUUGAUUUACAGACAUUUGAUUAUGCUCUUCUUUUUUUUUUUUUUGUAGAUGGCUCGUGGUUAAAGACAGUUUUAUUGCAUAUGUAAGGUAGGAACCACAAAGAAUAUAAACGUCUGGUAUACAUGAAUCAAUGAAAUUUUGAUAGAUUUAUUAACGGACGGACGGACUGACGACCCAGAAGGGCAGACCGACCGUCCGACUAAAAGGGCGGACGGACCGGACCGAUGGAAGGGCAGACUGGGCCGACAGAUAGACAGACCGACCGGAUGGACAGAUGGACGGACCAGACCGACCAACUGGACAGAUGAAGGAGGGAUGGAUCGACCGACCAAUAGGUCGGACGGACGGAUGGACAGGACCAGGCUGUUCGACCGAAGGAAAGACGGGAGGGCGGACUGACAGUAAUUCCGUCAUAUUUUUCGAAAACUUGUUGCUUAAAAACUUUGGUAAACCUCUUUGCUGCUAGCCCAGAUGACUUUUACACUUAUAACCCAUGUAGUUGAGCGCACCCUUGCUUUCGUCAGUGUGGUAAAAUAGUUAUUACUCUUUACUCAACUGUUCAACUGGGGCGCAUACUCAGUUUACGUAGCGAUGUUCUGUCUUUAAACUGAAUAUAGCCCCAAGGAUAAAGAAGUGAGGGGUGUGGUUUUGAUGGACAAAGAGUUCUCCUUCAAGCAUGGAAGGAAGCAGACAGGUGUCAGUCAUGGUUUGCUUGUACAUAACCAGAGCAGGUGAGUAACUAACCGGAGUGUUUUGUAGAAACUAAGGUUAAUAUGUAACUUUGCCAAAUCAUCAUACAGGAGCAAUCUGAAAGGAAAAGGUAGUUUUGUUAGCUCAGAAAUAAAUUUUAAGGGGAAAGCCUCGAAACGUCAUUCUGUCAAGAAGAGGUUACAUUUUGCGGUGCGUUCAUUCAGACAUGCAGAUCUCCCGCGAGUCAAAACGGACAAGAGCAUCAGAAUCCAGCUUUGUUUAUUAUUACCACAUUUUCACGUCAUUUGUAAACUAUAGCAAAAAGGUCAUAUGGCAAAGUAGAGCCAUUCGUUAAAUUGGAGUUUCUUGAAUGAAAUUGGAGACUAUUAAGUGGAUUAAUGACACUGGCGGACAAAAGUGUUUUAUUAGCUUCUAUUCAACUAACGUGAAUGAUGAAAUAAUACCUUGUUUUUUCUGCGAAAAAAGUUAAAUAAAUUUAUGUUAAUUUUAGUUCUUAAUUUUUAUUGUUAAUUGUAGUUUACCCCUCAAAAAAAUAAUUUUUCCUUUGUAGGGAACUUCUGUUGAAGUGCUGGACAGAGCGGAAAGCAAGGUACAAUAUAUAGUCAACACGCAAGAAAUUGCGCCAAUCUCGGACUUCUUUAUUGGUGUCGAUUAACUGAUCUCUUCCGUGUGGGCAAAAAUUGCCAAAACUGGAAAACUUCGUAGAUUCCAAGGCCGCCUUUUAUUCAAACAAACUUUCCUGGUCUUUCGAAACGACAGCUGAUGAAAUGGAAAUUUUCUGGGUAAUUUUUCCCCUAGAAUCUUUCGGCAAUUAAUAGGGACAUCAGCAUAUUCAUGAGGGAACGUUUACUAAAAGUAAAAAUAUUGCCCCUGAUCUCCGAGUAUGCAAAAAUUCUCAAAUUGUAAAAGUUUUGAAAGCAAACCAUUUAACUGAAAAUUCUCGAAAUUCUGAUAAACAAAAUUUUCAGGGUGAAAUUUGGGAAAAUUUGGGAUUAGCUGACAAGGUUGUUUGUUAAUUACGGAAAUUCAAUAUAAUCGGGAAAAAAUGUUCCAUUCCCUGCGUACGUGGAAUUUCAGAAAUUUCUGUUGAGCAGGAUUCUUACUACCAGUUGCCAGCUACAGCUCUAAAGCGAGAGUAUACAAAACUUUUAUGAGUAACUUUUUUGAGACGUGAGGACAUGUUGUUUAUGGUUAUUAUAACCGUAUAUCAAGAUAGACCCAUAAAGGUGUAAAUUUUGACCCACAGUGAAUGGAUGAAAGCGAUUGUUCACGUGAUGGCGACAGCCGGUGCAGAUUGGAUAAAAGAACAUCCUCACGAUUCAUUUGCCCCGGUCAGGGAUAACUCCUGUGCACAGUGGUGAGUUUACUGCAGAUAUCAUACUGCACGUGCUAAUGACUGAUAUCAUUACCGGCACUGCACUUGAUAACGAAGAGUAACAAAACUGCACGUGAUAACGAUUGAUUUCAUAACUGCACGUGGUAACGACUGAUAUCAUAACUACACGUGAUAACGACUGAUAUCAUAACUGCACGUGAUAACGACUGAUAUCAUAACUGCACGUGAUAACGACUGAUAUCACAACUGCACGUGAUAAACCGGCACCAACCUAUAAUACACCUUAUUAGCCAUCAAGUUGUCAGUCAUACUUGAAUAAAGUGAAAAUUUAUAGAAUGGUAUAUAAUUAUCCUGCGAAGGCGAGGUAAAUAGUGCCGUAAUUAUUCAUGAAUUAGGGCUAGGAGACAAAGGAAAUUUAGAAUUGACCUAGGUUAAAUCAAAAUAUUUGACCUGUAACAUAUAUAUCGAACCUGAGGAGAACAGGUGUUUUUGUUUUUAUUAAACGGGCCAUUGUCGAGUUGCCUCAAGCCUCAUUUUCAAAAUGAGAUUAAAGUGAAAGCCAUUCAUAUGAAAAUGUUUUUCAAUUCUCAUGCAGGUAAAACUGAUUUUCACAAGAAAAAUUUUUGCACUUGGCCUCGAUUUGAAAGAAAGAGUUUCUGGAACUCGGAAUUGGCCUACAAACAAAAGAAGUCACUUCUCAUUAAGAGGAAGAGAGAGAGAGAGAGGGGUUUCUUUACAUCAUAAAUGGACAAUGUUUACAAAUAAUAUAUUUCGGGGAUCGAUUUUGCUCGUGUGCAUAAAAUCAUCUUCUAUCAACCUGUAGACCCCAAGAAACCUUGCUGUCGUCAUAUUUGUUGGAACAACUGCUUCAUUUAUCGCUAGAAUUUAAUCUUCGGGAACUGUUGGGUAAGGAGACGCCAUUUUGAAUCCCGUCCCAAAACAGUGAAAAGGCAAGGAUAUUCCGAGCUACGCGAGCUAACCAAAAUGCACGAAAAUUUUUAUCCGAUGCUUUGGUAAAUUACUCAAAAUGAUACCUUUAUUUAUGUGACCUCACUGGAGACAGUUUUGCAGAUAUAUAAUAACCAAAACUGAUUCAUCGGCAGGUUUGUAGAUGGAGAGUCAUAUUUCGAUAGUGUAGCUGAUGCUUUGGAAUCUGCAGAGGAAGAGAUCUUCUUAACUGGCUGGUGGUAAGUGAUGAUAAAUACCGUAAAUCCUCUAUUAUGUCCCCCCGGGGGAGACGAGGGGCGCAUUUGAGAGUGGGCCUUAUUUAAUUUAGCAAAGACGAUUGUAUCAGUUCUCCUUAAAGAACUAGAAUACACAGCUGAAAAGCUCAAGUACAAGAAUUUGGAGGUCAUGCAGCCGAGGAUCUAAAACAAGUCGGAACUUCCGGUUGGUGAAUAAAUCAUCCCGGAUCAGUCCACAUGAAGUUUUAAAAGAGAAGAGGGGGCUUAUUUACUUUUUUUCCCUGAAAAAGGGGGGGGGGCUUAUUUGAAAUGGGGGGCCUAAUAGAGGAUUUAAGGUACGCAAAGUUCGUUGAGGAGCUCGAGGUUAAGAAGGCCGAAGAGUUCGUCGUCCAUAGGCGAGAAAUACUCAUCUCUAAAUAUUCAAAGACAGAACACCCGUAAUGCAAUCCCAAAUACAGGGAGUCAAAGAAAAGGAGACGGUCAAAAUGUGCUUCAUCUUCACUUCAUACAAAUAUGGUGAUUUUCAUAUGUGUUUUCUAUCUUACUUUUAAAGCAAGGUUCUUGGUAGUGAAGGUAAGGUGGAGAGCUAUCUCUUGUCACCUCGGUAUCGCCACCGUCGCUCCCGCAUGAAAAAAGGAAUGUCUGCCAUUCAUUACAAUUAUAACCGUUUUACUGACAAAUCUUAUUUUUCAAAAACGCGUAAAUAUUGUCCUCGUGUUUGUCAGGUCUCAGUUUUUGUGGUCCUUUAUUUCAUUAGCGGGAAGAAGUAGCUUUAAUGUACAGUAUUAGCUAGUAUCUUGUCCUUGCGCUUGGUCGCAAAUUAGUCAAUAGUUGUUCGUGUUUAUAAUCAUAAUAUUGGCGUUUUUUUUUUUCAGGAUCAGCCCAGAGGUUUAUCUUCGGCGACCAGUCACUGCUGGCCAUGAUUGGAGACUGGACAACAUUCUAGAGAGAAAAGCGGUACAGAAGAAUCCCGUCUCAAUACCACGAACCUCCCACGCAGACGUUCUUUUGGCCCGUCACGCAAUCCUUCUCAACGAAAGGAAUGCGUGACGAAUCCCUAAAAACGUUUGCGUGGGAGGCGAUUCUACCACCCGUUUAACAUAAACAUCUCGUAAAUACAACUACCACAUUCGAGAAAUGAUGGUAUUCAGUGAGUGAAACUAUU